AUGGUUUAUGUGAUUGAGCAACGUCUGAAAAUGCAAAAUAUAUCAAUGGAUAAAUCCGAAACAGUACUCACAGAAAUAGCAGCCGUGAUGUUUCAUCCAAACUUGUUGGAAGAGCUAUUUUUACCUCAACCGGUUGCCCCUCACGCAGCUAUUAAGCAGCUUAUAAUAGAUAUUUCUCUCUCAUCGAUCAUGAAACUAGACGACGUUUCCUUGAACAAGCUAUGGGAUUUAAUAACAAUGAUUUUCAAGUGGCAAAUAACUGUAACGACAAAUCAAAACAUUCUUGAUAUUACCCGGCGACAUUUGAAAAAUGUUGCCACACUCAUGCCUUCCCUUUUCCCAAAAAAAUUAAUAAAAGAUGCUGCAAACAAGUUCGAGAUUUUGGUGAAAAAGAUAACUGAACAGGAAUUCAAAGCGCUUAACGAAACAUUAUUGCUCUGGUUUUCAGACUAUUAUACAAAAAUAUCGGUGCUUCUACGCCUAGGCUUGCAAAACAAAGACGGUUCUUUCAAAUCUCCUUCGAUAAUCAAUAUGAAAUUUCUUAUAAAUAUAGGUGAAAAUAUUUAUACUCAUGAUAAUAGAAAGUCCAUUGAUGAUUACGAGGUUAAUACUGCUGAUGAUAAUGAAAUAAGCUGCCUUUUAGGUCCAAUUACCGCCGUCUCACCGUCCAAGUUAGGGAUGCUGCGCUCCUUAAAUACGGUUCAGAUUAAAACAGUUGAAAAACUUGAGAAUAAGGAAACUAAACUGACCAACGGUGACCUGACGUUCGUUGCUGAAUUGCCAAGGACUACACAAGAAGAUCUUCUUGCUAUGUUAGAGAAUUAUAGUACCCCAUAUUAA